AUGGGGCCGUUCGACCCACCUUCGCCAGUGGUUACAGGGGUCAAGGAGAGAGUAGAGAGUCUCUACGUCCAUGGCGACAGGUUAUAUGUCGGCACUGCGACGGGGAUUCUCCAUAUAUAUAGUAUUGACGACGACGGAGAAGACUCACUGGUCCUAGUAGAGUCUAAGAAAGGGUUGGCACGUAGGGCCAUUGAGCAGAUUGGCUUCAUCAAGGACAUAAAUUCGCUUGUUUUGUUGUCUGAGGCCGCUGUAACUCUCCUCCCUCUGCCUAAUCUCUCCCCUCCGACCCCGCUUCUCAAAGCGAAAGCUGCCUUUUCCUUCGCAAUCCAUUCUUCAGUCCAGCAUGUUGCUCCGGACUUGCCGCCUGGCGCGAAGGCUACCUCAAUACCCACCCUUGUUACUCAACUAGUUGUUGGAUGUCGACGGAAAGUCGUCAUAUACUCGUGGAAAGACGGAGAGGCUCAAGAGUCGAAAGAAGCGCCUUUACCUCACUCUGCCCGUGUUAUUUCAUUCCUGGAUAAAGAUACUGCGUGCUUUGGCUACUCCCCAACAGAAUACGCCAUGUUUUCUAUCCUUUCAAUGACGGCCACCGACAUUUCAAUACCACUUCCGGUCACUGCUGCUGGUACGGGCAUGAGUGCUUUUACCAGCCUCGGUGGCUACAUGACUCUUGGUCUGGGUGUAAAGCCCAAGCCUGCUGCACUACAUAUCAGUCCCUCGGAAGCACUUAUUCUGAAAGAUAAUGAGGGUAUUUUCGUUGGACCGGAUGGCUCUCCUGCGAGGCCGGCAUCCAUUGAAUGGCCAGCCCCACCUGAAGAGAUCGCAUAUGUGAAACCCUAUGUGUUCUCUGUUCUUCCUCCCGGCGCUAUUGCCCCAGCUGCGCCAACCGAUCCCUCGACCGCAGCAAUACCAGCUCCGCAGCCCACUACUCUACUCCAAAUCCGUUCCUCUCUCUCCCUGCAGCCGACACAGACACUAUCAUUCCCAUUCAGCCCAACACCGACUUCAGCGACAAGCCCCACGCCGAACGCGUCUCUGCGGAUACUCACCCCAUCUCCCUCAGCCAAAUCUCCCCUCUUCCUAAUUACAACCCCGACAGACAAGAAUUUGGCUGCGGCGGAAGGUAGUACAAUCUGGCAGUUCAAGAUGAAACCCUGGGGAACACAAGUCGACGAACUAGUGGCUGCGGGCCAAUAUGCAGAUGCUCUCGCGCUACUUGAAAUAAUUGACGUUACACUGCUUCCUGACAAGGACCAACGCGUCAAGCUUGUGCGCGGGCUGAACGCUGUGUCGCAGUUUCGCGCGGCACAGUUUGACACUGCAAUUGAUGCUUUUAUUGACCUCGAGGUCAAUCCCGCCAAAGUCGUUGCCCUAUAUCCUGAGUCAGUGGCUGGUCGGUUGUCUGUUGCACAAGACCAGUGGAUAUCUUUAUAUGGGGGGCCACCGCCUACGAUCGCAGAAGAAGUCUCAGAAGCAUCAACUCCCAGUGCAGAUUCAGAGUCUCCUACCAAAGAUGCGGAAAAUGUUGUCGCUCCCUCAAUACCAGAAUCGUUAGAGGGAAUUGUAGGGCUAACUGCUUCGACAACGGGGACGAUCCGCGGAAGAUUGAAAGGACUUGGAGCAUUCUUGCCGUCAUUGAAAGACAGUGACCACCCGACGAGCAAUACCCCGAAAGUGCGGCCGAAACAAACUGUCCAUGACGAUCUCCCUAAAUCCGUCGAAACCCUGCUCCGAUAUCUUUCCGACAGACGACCCAAGGUCAAAGCCGCCCUUGCAGCAAUAGGAAUAACACCAGAAAACCAGUCACACCAGAUUGCUUUCCUUUCGGAAACCUCUGUCGACGAUCUUUUUGCGCUGCCAAAUGCACCUUUUGCUGCCUUGACUCCAGAACAACUGUUGCGAUAUGCUCAAAUCGUGGACACUGCGUUGUUCAAAGCUUAUCUCGUCAUUCGGCCGGGUCUUCUCGGCUCGCUCUGUCGGGUGUCGAACUGGUGCGAGGUUUCUGAAGUAGAGGACGAGCUGUUGGAACGCAAGAAAUUUCCCGAAUUGCGAGAUCUUUACAAUGGAAAGAAGAUGCACCGAAAGGCAUUAGAUCUCCUCAAGAAUCUCAGCGAGCAAGAAAGCGACCUGGAGGACAAACUGAUGCCAUCAAUAUAUUACCUCCAAAAAUUAGGUCCGGAACAUAUGGAAGAAAUCUUUCAAUCUUCUCGCUGGAUAUUUGAGAAAGACAGCACAAUGGCAUUUCAGAUAUUCACAUCGGAAGAUGUUGAACUACCGCGAACAGCUGUGGCGGAUUUCCUCGAAAGCAUCGAGCCUUCGCUCUGCAUUCGUUACAUUGAGUUCUUAAUUGAAGAACGUCGUGAAGAAUCACCAGUUUUUCACGAUCGUCUGGCGGAACUCUACCUCAGAGCCACCCUAGCAGCAAAGAAGCGAAACGACAAAGAUUGGACCCAACAUUAUGCCAGCCUCCUCAAGUUUAUCGACACAACAAAUCACUAUCGGAUAGACCGGCUCUAUAACUUGAUUUCCUCUGAAGAUUUGUUUGAGGCCCGAGCAAUACUUCUUGGCCGGUUUGGACGACAUGACCAAGCGCUGGAACUGUACGUCUACAAACUGCAAGAUUACAUGAAAGCAGAACAACAUUGUGCCCGGGUGUACUCCGCGAGCGGAAGAACAGCGAAUGUCUACUUGACCUUACUGCGAAUCUACCUUCGACCCAAUGCCAACGCCAAACUUAGCGUCUCUGACCUUCUCGAGCCAGCUUUGGGACUGAUCGCUCGACACAGUCCCCAGCUGGAUUCGGUCGCCACACUUGAACUCCUUCCUCCACUUGUCUCCACACAAGACAUCCACAAAUUCCUCGUCAAUGCCCUGCAUGCACCGGUCUUCGACACCCGGGUUGUCAAGAACCUCAGCAAGGCUCGUGGAGACCAAGUGGACCGUUUGUUGAUGGGAUUGCAAACAAGACGCGUCAAAGUAACCGACAGUCGGAUCUGUCCGCAAUGCCACAAACGAAUUGGCAACAGUUUUAUUGCUGUCCACUCCCCAAGGGGCGAAGUUACACACUAUCAGUGCCGCGAAGCCUUCUCAAGGCGAUUGAGCGAGACGAGGCAUUAG